AUGACUUUAUUUUCUUCAAUUUCUAAAAUUGGUUCAAUUCAAAACUUUAAUUCUUUGAAUAAAACUAACAGUACAAUUUCCAAUAAUGGAGCAAAAGGAUUAACAUCAUUUAGUGGAAAUCAAUCUACAAUAUCUAUUUUAAGAAUACCUAAUAGAUCAAAUUACUUGAAAUAUAUUCAAUUUACCCAACUUUAA